UUCCCAUUUGACGGUGUCGGUGAUUCCCCAAAAUCAAUAAUACUGGUUCCUUCAAUUUCCCCUUCUCCUAUUUUCUCAAUUCGGAUCUUUAGAAGAAAAAAACCUAAUAAAAUCCGAUGGCGGCGUCGCGGCGGCUCCGGGACCUCCAAUCCCAAGCGGCGAACAAGAUCUGCGUCGAUUGUUCCCAAAAAAACCCGCAAUGGGCGUCGGUAUCCUACGGCGUGUUCAUGUGCUUAGAGUGCUCCGGCAAGCACCGGGGCCUCGGCGUCCACAUCUCCUUCGUGCGAUCCGUCACCAUGGACUCCUGGUCCGAAAUCCAGAUCAAGAAGAUGGAAGCAGGAGGCAACGACAAACUCAACGCGUUCCUCACACAAUAUGGCAUCCCCAAGGAGACCGACAUCGUCGCCAAGUACAACUCCAACGCCGCCGCCGUCUACCGCGACCGGAUUCAGGCCAUCGCCGACGGCCGCCCCUGGCGGGAUCCCCCCGUCGUCAAGGAGGCCGUCCGCUCCGCCUCCAAGGGCAAGCCGCCGCUCUCCAACAACAACGGCGGAUGGGAUAAUUGGGACAACGACGACGGAUUUGGAUCCGCCAGGAACUCCGAUUUGCGCCGGAAUCAAUCCACCGGCGAUGUCCGGGGGUUCGGCGGCGGCAGCCAUGUCGCGAGGUCGAAGUCGACCGAGGAUAUUUACACGCGGUCGCAGCUGGAGGCCUCUGCUGCGAACAAGGAAGGGUUCUUCGCGAGGAAGAUGGCGGAGAAUGAGUCGCGGCCGGAGGGGCUUCCGCCGUCGCAGGGUGGCAAGUACGUUGGAUUCGGAUCCAGCCCUGCCCCGACCCAGAGGAAUAUGAAUCAGCAAAACGAUUAUUUCUCUGUCGUUUCUCAGGGGAUUGGUAAAUUAUCGUUGGCGGCUGCUUCUGCGGCUCAAUCUGCUGCUAAUGUUGUUCAGGCUGGGACUAAAGAGAUCACUGCUAAGGUAAAAGAUGGUGGUUAUGAUUACAAGGUCAAUGAAACUGUCAAUGUUGUCUCUCAGAAGACAUCAGAGAUUGGACAAAGGACAUGGGGUAUAAUGAGAGGGGUCAUGGCAAUGGCUACACAAAAGGUUGAGGAAUACACUAGAGAUAACCCAAAUUGGCCAUCUGAUAACCGGCAACAAAAUGAAAAUGAUAAAAACGGUUUCUAUCAUGAGUUCAAUCAAGAGAAUAAAGGCUGGAAUUCUUCCACCAGAGAAGGGCAGUAUUCUUCAGGUGGACAAACUAAUACUUAUCAAUCAAGUUCUUGGGAUGAUUGGGACCAUAAAGGUUCUAGGAAGGAAGAACCAACUAAAGGAUCAGCUCCCCAAUCAUCAGGUGGGAAGUUUGAUACUUAUAACUCAAGCUCUUGGGAUGAUUGGGGCAAUGAAGAUUCGAGGAAGAAAGAACCAGCGAAAGGGUCAGCUGCCCAUAGCAGUGAUGGUUGGGCUGGAUGGGAUAAUGCCAAAGAUGAUGGAUUUGAUGAUAUGUAUGGGAGUGCAUCUAAUAAUAAAGCUGUUGGUCAUAAUGAUAAGUCGGGUGCUGCCUGGACAGGAGGAGGCUUUCUCUAAGGUUUACCUAAUCUCUAUCAUCAGGAUCGAAGUUUUGUUGCACGUGACAACAAUACAAUACAAUACCUACCGCAUGGUGGCAUUAGUCUAUUCACCAUUGUCUGCAAGUCUUUAUUUUUCAUCGUUCUCCCCUCCUCCCUUGUGUAAUUCUUUUUAUGUAUUUUUUUUCUUUUUUGAGGACAUCUGUAUGGUUGGAAAAUUAGUUUUGAAUGUAAAAGUGUCCAAAGAAGGGGUCAAUUGCCCAAAUUUAAGAUUUACUUCUACCUGGAAGUGUGACGAAACAUUAUUGUGACAUGAAAAUUUCAUAAUUGUUUUGAAUUUUUGGCAACUUAAUUUGCCUUGCCU